AUGGAUACCAACACCAGCGUUAGGUCGCAAUGGAAUUCCUUCCGGCGAUAUGUCUUGGGCUCAGUGGCGGAAGAGACGACUCCAAUGGCUCCGCCCUUGGCACCACCAAAAUCGAAGACGUUCGAGACGAGCAUAGAACGUGUGGAAAGCUGGCCUGAGGAAGCAAGGCCGUUGAAGAAACAUACUUGGCUCUCAUAUCUUUACGGAAUUGGCGACCUCCUGCUCGUACUAUUACCGGUGUACUUCAUCCUCCUUGGGGUUGCUACUGCUAGUUUACAUGGCAAGCCAACCAACGGUAAUGCUUUUGGAAAAAAGGUCGAGUCUGCUAUGAACUUGGGCCCUACCAUAUUUCCUAUAGUCUUCGCUGCAAUAUGCGGACGCAGCAUGAAAAUGAUAGCACGCUAUCUUGUGGAGAGAGGCACAAAAAUUAGUACCCUGGAGCUUUUGAUGGCUAGCCAGUCCGUCUGGGGUACUUUCGAAAGCCAACUUCUAAUGCAGCGGCUCACCGUUGUGGGCGUAAACCUACUCUUCCUCUGGGCUUUAUCUCCGCUAGGAGGUCAAGCAUCUCUUCGCUUGAUGAGUCGGGAACAUGAAGCAAGCUAUUCAAGCAUCAAGCUUCGCUAUCUCACGACAGGUCCCGCGGGUGCAAUAUUUCCUAUAGCCACAGGAAACCUCGCAGGGGGAAAAUAUGCUCAGGCUGGUGCUCUGUACAACGCAGCAUUACUUGCCCCACAGUCCGUCAAGCUUGGUCCUCAGGAUUCUUGGGGGAACGUCAAGAUACCAAGUCUGGAUGCGCCCAAUCAGUCAGUUCCAGACACCGAUGGAUGGAUAGAGGUAUCCCGUCAGGUUUCAGUACCUGAGACAUAUACGUCUUUGGUGGGUGUACCAGUUGCUGGACUGCCAAGCAACGCCAGCAGCAAUUUCACGCUAGAGUACAACUACAUGGCCGUAUCGUGUGGGCCUUUCAAGCAAGAACUAUAUCCAGGAACCCAUGGUACAAAUGAACCAACAUCCACGAACUACACCAAAUUAGAUGAGAUGAUACCUGGUCAAAUCUGGUCAAACAAGUCGGAUUGGGAACUGCAUCCAUUCGAUACUUUGGAUGGCCCUGCCUCGUUUCUCAUCGACACUACCCGAGAUCUAGCGCGUUCUCCACCCACUAAUCAACUGGAUAGGGACCUUUACCUCGGCCGAUUGGAUGGUUUUGCAGGUCACUACAAUCAGUCCCGACUGAGUGAAAGUGAGAAAAAUACACCGAGAGAUUUAACUUUUGCAUCCGUGUAUGGUAUCACCAAGGACGGAAUGACGCAAGGCCUAAACAUCGCCACAUGUACACUUCUCCAACAUCACGUCGAAGCAUAUGUAAAAUGCGCCGGAACCCAAUGCGCGGCUUCCAAGACCAGGAAGUCGAUAACCGACACACGACCGAAUGCAUUGACAGCAUUUGAGUCUUUCGAAAUCCUAAAAAACGUUGCCCACAAGUUUCCGACGGCGAUCAAGUUCACCGAAGGCUCAAGUCCUACUGAGCUUUUUCUGGCUAACACUUCAAGCUUUCCAUUCAUUCAGAAAGCCGGGCGUCUGUAUGCAGAUGUAGCCCAGUCGUCUGGCUAUUUCGGUAGUCUGAGCAACAACCUGUCGGCUUACGGACCAGAUACUCUACCGGUCACCGAUGCAAAUGUGUAUCUCCCAGCAAAUUUGUCCAUAACCGAACACUCAGUCUUUAGCUGGUUCACGAAGUUCUCGCAGACCAUCGAUCAAACAAACUCGGCUUUCCUGGGUGCAACAACAACUGGUAAUACUACAUCGACAGAAGAGAUAUUCGUCUGCAACGUUGCAUGGCUUGCUCUGCUAUUGGCUGCAUCGACCGUUAUUUUGAUAACGGGCAGCGUCGGCUUGAUUCUCAAAAGAAAGACUCUUGGACCAGAGAUGUUCGGGUUUGUGACGAGCAUGACAUAUGAAAACCCAUGGCUCAAGAUCCCACAGGGUGGGACAAUGCUCGAUGCCAUGGAACGGGCAAGACUUCUCAAAGAUGUUGAGGUUCAUAUAGCCGACGUGCGUGGGGACGACGAUAUUGGCCACAUUGCGCUUGCAUCGGGCAUUCCACUACGGAAGUUAGAACGCGGACGUCUCUACCGUUAA